GGGACCGGGAGCCGUGCAAAGGGGGUGCGUGUGCGAGACCGGGGAGGGCGUACGGACGGGUGGGGUGCCCCAAACAGCCCUGUGAGGGUGUGAAAAAGGAUCAAGGUGGGCCUGGGCGCCUAUGAGGGCCUUUUCGGGUGGUGUGGGGUUGGAGCCCGGCUGAAGGGUGCAAGCGGACCCGUGGGUGAAGCAGCUGGGGUGCUGUCAACGCUUUUGGCUUCCCCUGGGGCUCCCCACGUGGGUUGUCGUGUGUGGGACUUCACCUGGGCAUGGGGUGGCCCUUUGUCUGUCCCCAAUUCUCCUGUGCUCGGUGGCCUCCUUCCCACCUCAGUUUGUCACCCUGAGCAGCCCCCAACUCCCCCAUGGCUGCUCUGACCCCACCUGGGUCCUUCCCGCCACGGCAUUGUCCCAUCCCGGCGGGGGAUACGCCGGCUGCCUCCACUGCGGCUUCUCAUCGCCAUCUCCGCACCCCUCUGCCUCUGCGGGGAGGCUUCUGGAGGGAUCAAAAGCACCACAUCCUCUCGCCGCUGUCUGCGGGAGAUGGCAUCUCAACCGUCACUGCGCCACCUCCCUCGAGGCGAGGAGGAGGAGGAGGAAAGGUAAAUCAGUGGCUGCUGCAAACGUGGAUGACAGAGCCGAGCAAGAGGCAGCAGCCAUAGAGGUUUGUGGUGGAUAAUGGGAGAAACUUCCUUACCUGGCUGUUCGGCUGGAAAAAGCCGUAGGUGACCUGGGUUGAUGCUGGACCUGCUUCGGGAGCAGGGACCCCCCCCCCGAGGCGCUGUCCCCUCUGCGAUGACAUCGGGGUCAGCCCCGGGGCCAUGGUGGGGCUCCAGUUUUGGAGGUACCCAAGGUCUGCACGUCACCAUCAGGACCCAGCGUCUUCUGGUUUCUUCCUUCUCUGCCAAAUGGUCGACUGCCCCAUCUGCAAACACCAGUGUCACCUGAAGGAUGUUGUGGAGAACUACUUUCUGAGGGACAGUGGGGCCGAGGCGCCUGCCACCAGCCAGGGGUCGACUCAGUGCUGCACGAGCUGCGAGGACAACGCGCUGGCCACCAGCUACUGCGUGGAGUGCUCGGAGCCGCUCUGCGAGACCUGCGUGGAGGCCCACCAGCGGGUCAAGUACACUAAGGACCACACGGUCCGGGCCACAGGCAGCGGCAAGGCGAAGGAGGGAGAGCGCGCCGUGUACUGCUCCGUGCACAAGCACGAGCCGCUGGUGCUCUUCUGCGACACGUGCGACACGCUCACCUGCCGCGACUGCCAGCUCAACGCGCACAAGGACCACCAGUACCAGUUUCUGGAGGACGCGGUGAGGAACCAGCGCAAGAUGCUGGCGACGCUGGUGAAGCGCCUGGGCGACAAACACGCCAGCCUGCAGCGCUCCACCAAGGAAGUGCGCAGCUUCAUCCGCCAGGUGACGGACGUGCAGAAGCGGGUGCAGGUGGACGUGAAGAUGGCCAUCCUCCAGAUCAUGAAGGAGCUUAACAAGCGUGGCAAGGUGUUGGUGAGCGACGCCCAGCGGGUGACGGAGGGGCAGCAGGAGAAGCUCGAGCGGCAGCACUGGGCCAUGACCAAGCUGCAGCGGCACCAGGAGCACAUCCUCCGCUUCGCCUCCUGGGCCCUGGAGAGCGACAACAGCACCGCUCUGCUGCUCUCCAAGAAGUUGAUCUACUUUCAGCUCCACCGUGCCCUGAAGACAAUCGUGGACCCCGUGGAGCUGCAGGGUGACAUGAAGUUCCAGUGGGACCUCAACGCCUGGACCAAGAGCGCCGAGAGCUUUGGCACCAUCAUCUCGGAAUGGAGCCUCCCACCGCCACCCCUCAGCCCCCAGCCGCCGGCUGCCAGCCCCCAUGGGGACUGCAGUGGCUCCAGCCCCACUGCAGGUGCCUCACAGGGCCCCCUGCAAGCCACGGUGGUGAGCAAAGGGCAAUGCGCCCCCGUUCCCCUCCUGCAGUCCCCAGUGAGACCCCAGAUUGGGGCUGGGGAGGGCCGGGGGACCUCCGGUGUCCCACAGAGCAGUGAGGGAGGGCUGGGGAUGCCCAUCCUGCCUCAGUUUCCCCUGGAGGCCGAGGGGCUGGGCUGCCCCGACCUGUCCCCCCCCCACCUUUACCCACAGACGGCCGAGAGCCCUGGGGACGCAGCUGUAGGUGCUGAGCUCGCAGCCAAUGGCCCCCCCGAAGCUGCUGUCACAGGAGUGAAGAGGAGAAAACAUAGUCCUCCUGGGGAUGACGAGAAGUUCGUUAAGAAGCUGCUUGUUAAGCGGAGCCGCCCCCCCGCAGGCCCAGUGAGCACCCUCCUCCGCAAGGUGCCGCGGGUCAGCCUGGAGCGGCUGGACCUGGAUCUGUCGGGGGUGGCGCAGCCCCCCGUCUUCCGCGUCUUCCCCGGCACCUCGGCCGAGGACUUCAGCCUCAUCAUCAUCGAGCGGGGGGCGCAGCCGCAGCCCCCCAUCCCCCUCACUGUCAAGGAGGAGGAGCACGAGGCGGCUAUCGGGGACACUCAGGAUACCAAGCCCGUGGGGCUGCUUCCUGAGUACCCCGGGGUGCCGGGACCCCCCAGAUCCUUGCUGGGGCUGGGAUCUGUUCCUCUGGGAGCCGGCCCCGGCGUCUCCUGUUGCCGCGUCUGCUGCCAGGCCGGUGCUGUGGUGAUGUGCGACUGUUGCGAGCACUGUUACCACCUCGACUGUCACCUCCCCACCCUCCAGGAGGUCCCCAGCCCCGAGUGGAGGUGUCUGCUCUGCCAGGACCUGCCACCCCCCAGCGAGGACCUCGCCCACAGCUUUGAGGAGGGGCAACCCCACAAACUCUGCCCCCUGGAUCAGCAGAAAUGUGAGUAUGUGCUGCUGGAGCUGCUCUGCCACGAGCCCUGCCGGCCCCUCCACCGCCUCUCCAGCUCUCCAGACGGCCACGACGCCAUUGACCUGACCCUCAUCCGCGCCAAGCUGCAGGAGAAGCUCACCCCCCACUACCGUUGCCCCGAGGAGUUCGCCCACGACGUCUGGAGGAUGAUCCAGCAGUUCAACCGCCUCACCGAGGACAAGGCGGACGUUCAGUCCAUCCUGGAUUUGCAGCGGUUCUUCGAAGCUCGGCUCAACGCUGCCUUUGGCGACCGCAAGUUCUCCUCCGCCCUCUUCCUCGAGCCCGUCAUCCCUCUGGAUGAGGCCGAAGGCUCGCCAGCCCCCCCCGCCGGCCCCCUGGGACCCUGAUGCCCACCCUUGGCGGGGGGGGAUAGUGGGGCUGGAUCCUGUCCUGGUGCCCCCAGGGACCAUGAGGAGGGAUGUGGGGGUGUCGCUGCCCGCCCCCCCCCCCCCCACCCCGGACUGUCCUUGUCUGUGUCUUCUGGAGAAAUAAAGCCAUGCUCACGGCCUUGUGGAGCUCCUCCCUCA